AAUCAAUCGACACCAGCUUCAAGCAGAAUAGAAAAUAUGUGUGAACUAAUUGACCGAAUCGUUUACGGUAUACCGGUUCCAGCUCUAUCAUUCUUAAUGGCCACAAAAGUUUUGAACGAAUCGAAGAACACCCGAAAGGUCUUGACGGAAAUGAGGAGGACUCGACUUCCAAGAGAAGUCAUGCAUCUGAUUGGUUCGGAAAUGGUCAAAGGAAAGGCUUCCGAAUUACGAAGAGAGUGGUGGAGCUCGCUCAAACGUUCGCUUCCGAGCUCAUUUGAUGAUUCGAGUGGGGGCGAUCCACAGGGUCCAGCACAGGAAGUUUGGUUGGAAAUGCUGGGCAAAGACGUGUUAUGGGAGAUUGUGGAUUCAAAUCAAUGCUGCUUGACUCCCAGGAAACUGAACCAUGAUGAGGAACAUGAGCUUGUACGACACCUACGGGAAUAUUUGAGCACUCUGCCACAACCGCUAGUGAUAGUCAACCGGACGCCACUUUCAAAGAGCUCCAUGGUGGCUGAAGAGAAUAAUCAAGACGGCGAUGAGGGCACAAGAAUGCAGGAGGAUGAAGAUAUACUUGUAAUCUGUCUACCCGACCACAUACUUCAAUAUGAUAUCCGACAAGCAUUCACCAACAAAGAAGCCAUUGACCAGAUCGAUUUGGAUGACUGCGACGCGGAUAGCCUCGAAGUGCCCCAGGGAAUAGUAGAAAAAGUCGAUGUGGAAACUGGAUGGAACGAGCACUUCCUGCUUUCAAUGCGAUACGAAUUCCAGCACCUUCUAAAACAAUGUGAUCUAGCACUCGGAAAUGAGGAUGGAGGCGGACUUCUCGAUGAUCUGGAUCGGCAACUAGGAUGGUGGCGUGUUGAGGAAGUUGUGUGCGAUUGUCAGUAUGACGAAAACUCGCAUGGACCUCAGGACCAUCCAAAUAGUCAAAGUAGGGGCUAAUAAUGUUCAAAAUAAUUAUAACAGCCAACUGUCUGGCAAUUUCCUCUACUUCAAGUAUAAAAUGUGUGAUUCUCUCAAAUCCACUUGAUUAUCAUUGUUCUUUGAUGGACCCAAACAUACAACUAUCUGGAUUCAUCAAGGCA